CCGGCUUCGCCUGCUUGUCAGCGCGGAAAGCAGAGACAAUUCUGCUGAAAAACAGUGAAAAAAGAGACAUUUUCCGCGAGGUUUCAGCCGGACACACCUUCUGCCGGACUGCCCGGUCCCCGCUUCAGUCGAUAUGGAUGAAGACAAUCAUGUUCCCGAGGACCUGUCCCUGGAGGAGAGGGAUGAGCUGUCGAACAUCCGACGCAGGAAGAGAGAGCUGCUCGAUGAUAUUGAGAGGUUGAAGUUCGAGAUAGCUGAGGUCAUGACGGAGAUCGAGCAGCUGACGUGCGUUGGAGAAAGUAAAACAUCCCAGAGAAACAAACAGAUCGCCAUGGGCAGGAAGAAAUUCAACAUGGAUCCAAAGAAGGGAAUUCAGUUCUUGCUGGAGAACGACCUCCUGCAGCACACUCCCGAAGACAUCGCGCAGUUCCUCUACAAAGGCGAGGGCCUCAACAAGACCGUCAUCGGAGACUACUUAGGCGAGAGGGAUGACUUCAACAUCAAGGUGCUGCAGGCUUUUGUGGAGCUGCAUGAAUUCGCAGACCUCAACCUCGUCCAAGCACUACGGCAGUUCCUGUGGAGUUUCCGCUUGCCGGGUGAAGCCCAGAAGAUCGACCGUAUGAUGGAGGCGUUUGCCUCACGGUACUGCCAGUGCAACCCCGGAGUCUUCCAGUCGACAGAUACCUGCUACGUGCUCUCAUUCGCUAUCAUCAUGCUGAACACCAGCCUACACAACCCUAACGUCAGAGAUAAGCCCCCCGUGGAGCGCUUCAUCUCCAUGAACAGAGGCAUCAAUGAAGGAGGAGAUCUGCCAGAGGAGCUUCUCAGGAACCUUUACGACAGCAUCAAAAACGAGCCCUUCAAAAUCCCAGAGGAUGAUGGGAACGAUCUGACGCACACGUUCUUCAACCCCGACAGAGAGGGCUGGCUCUUAAAGCUCGGCGGCCGGGUGAAGACUUGGAAGAGACGGUGGUUCAUUCUGACCGACAACUGCCUCUAUUACUUUGAAUACACAACAGAUAAAGAGCCUCGUGGGAUUAUUCCUCUGGAGAACCUCAGUAUCAGAGAGGUGGACGAGCCCAGGAAACCUAACUGCUUCGAGCUCUACAACCCCAACCACAAGGGUCAGGUGAUCAAGGCCUGCAAGACCGAGGCGGACGGGCGGGUCGUCGAGGGCAACCACGUAGUGUACAGGAUAUCGGCCCCCACGCCAGAGGAGAAGGAGGAGUGGAUCAAAUCCAUCAAAGCAAGCAUCAGCAGGGAUCCUUUCUACGACAUGCUGGCCACCAGGAAGCGAAGGAUAGCCAAUAAGAAAUGAUGACCGUCCACCUCCAACCACACCUGCAUCGCCACCAUGUCUGUGAACAGCAGAGUCCUUGUGUGUGUGCAUGUGUGUGUGUGUGUGUGUGUAUGUGUGUAUGUUACGGGGGUCACGAAGGCCUCCCAUUUGUUCUUUCAGGGCUGGAGGACAAGCAGCAGACACAGAUGGGAGUUUAUUUCCGCCCGGAGAUUGUCUGCGCCUCAGUUCUUGGUUGAUUUGAAGGUUUUAUUUCAGUCGGCGCAGACUUUGAACACUGAUGUGCCAUUUGGGUGAAACUUGGAGAAGAGGGAAAUCUUUACCAAGCUGGAUGAGAAAAAAUGGACUAAAGGAAGAGGGGCAGGCACGUGGAAAUCUUUGCACGGCGUGGCUGUGACGAGAUUGCCCUCUGCUGGACACGUUAGGAACUCAACCGGCUGUCCUGCACGUGCAGGGUUUGAAAUCUCAGUAUCAAUCCUACAAAUAUGGCAUUCCUAUCAUCCAGACCAGUUCACCUGGUGGGUCGUCUGCUGUCUGCCAGCAAGACUCCAAGAUGCCAGUCAACAUGUUGUUAUCUUCACCUCAUGUCCUUCGACAACUGCCAACACCAACAAUGUUUUGUAGUAUCAAGAAACUACAGAAAGCCUCAAGCUUAUAAAUCAGCUGGUCUGAUUGUUAGCCCUCAAGUGACUGUAUCUGUAUAUGCAAACACACUGAUUUAUUCUAGAAAAUUAAAGUUAGGCUCAUAUUCUUUUUUUCUUUCACAGUACACUCCCUUAUCUCUUCUUUGAAGGCAAAGAAAUAGAUGCAGGUUGAGGAAUAAUACUGAACAUAUAUUGAGUGUAAUGAUCCAGUUCAGUGGUCACAGUUUGUCAUUUCAUGUAUUGAACAUCCACCUCUGUGCUCAAGUGCAUUUGUUUUGUAUUUAUUUUCUUAAUUUGUUUAACAAAAGAGGCAGCCCCCAAUUUACAUUAUGCAUGUAUAGUAUAUAAUGUACAUACUGUUUUUUUUCUUUGUCGUGUUUAUGUAGCAUGUAAAUCAUAAUGGCCGUAGCCUAUACCCGUUCACCUUGUUAGUUCAACAGCUAACAGUUUACAAUAGUGGAAGAGGGACGUUGUGCAGCAGUGAAACCUCCUCACACUGUUAUUACUGCAAAUCAGAUAAUACAAGAUGUUAUAUGCUAGGAAAACUCACUAUGCUGAGUUGGACAAGAGUGUGUAGGACAUAAGCGGGUUCAAAAUACCCUUAAAUACUGUGUGAGUGUAACUGGAAUCUGAGGACUGUUUUUCCCAAACAGGUAAAGCCAACUCGCAGCCAAAUGUUUUAGUUGGAGUUCUGAGUUUUAAACACGGCUUGAUGUGAGUUUGGGAAAACUGCUCGUGCAUACUUUGAUGAAGACUUUGAAUAAAAACACAUGCUGAUCAGAAAACACUUUUUUGUGUGCAUGAGAAUUCAGUGAGAAGAGCUUGACAUGCUAAACUUACCAGGUCUUUGGUUAUUUCAAACAUGAAACGGCGUUGUGAAUGAAAUAGUCAGCUGAGCCGCCGUGAUGACUCAUAGCUAAAAACAAAAGUGUGUAUAUUAAACAUAACCCGAAUACAGAAGAGUGCUAUCA